AUGUCUUCUAGAGCAAUGUAUACGCUGAACGUGGGGACAUACGAGGCCACUGAGAAAGCGGACUCUAAAGGAUCAAAGAGUGCAACAAAGAAAACCAGUGCAUCCGCGGAGAAGUCACCAGCUCCAACAUCGGUGUUUCCACGUGAACUCCUAGAUGUUCCAUUAGCUCCCACUCAACCAUUGGAAGACGAUGCGCCAUUGAAUAGCCCAGAACAAAAAGGGGCCCCGAAACAGAAAGAUGAAAAGAAAGACACGAAAGAAAUGAAAGAAGAAAGUCGGAAGCUACUACCAUAUCCAGAGGUCAAGCCGCCAACUGCCAGCCAAAAGAAGCGAAGGCAGAAAGAACUUGAAAAGGAUAAGAAGGAAAAAAUUGCUUCUGGUUUCUAUCAGUCGCGCUCUGAUGAAGACGACACUCUGGAAAAGGUGAACAGUCUGAAGGAAGAGAAGACUGAACAGAGCCGAAGACAUUCGAUAAAAAUCAAGCUAGUGAAGGAAAAAGAGAAGGAAGGCGACAAGAAAGAGGAAAACAAGGACGAAAAAGUUAAUGAAAAAGUUAAGCAGCCAACUUGA